AGCAGUCAGUGCAUGUUUUAGUUUGUUUGUGUCACCUUUCAACUUUCGAGGCAGACCCUGCUCACCUGUUCAACCCCGGCCUGGCUCCAAGGACCAAGUUAUUUAUUUAUUUUUCAGUUUUUGUUUCCGAUAGCUUGGGCAUUAUAAGUAGUCAGUCCUUGCAGAAUGUUUUCCUACUCUAGAAUUUGUUCUCUCCGACCCUCCAGUGUAAAGAAAUUAUUGAACUUGAGACUGCUACAGACUAGUGCGUCCUUGCAAUCUAACGUAGCUGUGGUACUCGCUGGCUCUGGAGUGUAUGAUGGAAGUGAGGUCCAUGAAGUGUCAGCAGUCUGGGUCCAUCUGAGCAGAGCUGGAGCUGAGGUUUCCAUGUUUGCACCAGACAUCCCCCAGAUGCACACUGUUGACCACACUAAGGGAGAGCCUUCAGAGGAUGGCAGAAAUGUAUUGAAAGAGUCGGCCAGAAUUGCUCGAGGUAAUGUAAAGCCGAUUUCCGACUUGCAAGUAACCAACUUUGAUGCAGUGGUGUUUCCUGGUGGAUUUGGUGCUGCCAAAAAUUUGUCGUCUUUUGCUGUUGAUGGGACAGACAUGAAGGUGGAGCCUGAUGUCGAAAGAGUUUUGAAGGAAUUUCAUUCAGCACAAAAGCCAAUUGGGCUUUGCUGUAUUGCUCCUGUCCUUGCUGCCAAAGUAAUCUCUGGCUGUGAAGUGACUGUGGGCUCUAAUGAAGAGGAAGGUGGACGAUGGCCUUUUGCUGGGACUUGUGGUGCCAUUGAGGCUAUGGGAGCCAAACAUGUGAAGAAGAAUGUUACUGAAAUACAUACUGAUGAAGCCAACAGAAUCGUAACUACACCAGCUUUUAUGUGUCAGACAGCUGUUCAUGAAGUUUUUGAUGGCAUUGGAGCUAUGGUCCAGAAAGUGCUGACUUUGAUCAAGUGAAAGAAGAGCUGACAGAUAUUGAGAUGGAAGAAAGACAUCGCUGACUGUUAUUGGACAGGAAAUGUUGCUAUUCCUGGAAUUCACCCUUUGUUGUUGCUGUGGAAAAAACCAUUGUUAUUUUUAAUAUGAAAAGAAUAUUUGUGGCAAUGCCAGUGAUGCUGGAUGACUUGAACAAGGCAUAUUAAACGAGUUUAAAACGA